AUGCUUUCAUCGUCUCUCUCUCUCUUCUUCUCGUUGCGUCGCACCGUUUUGGCAAUACCCCUCAUCCAUCAUUCAUUUUGUCUAUCUGAAUGUGUUCAGUCGAUCGGAAGGAAAGGGAUCCCGAGCCCACCUUCUCGCCGCCGAUUGUGGGUCACCAAUUACACUCAAAACCCUAAUUUCUCCAUCACAAAAUCAUUUAUCGUCUUGAAAGGGCUACCGGAAUCAAUGUUUCUGGGUUUAAGCGAACACGAGCUGGAAGAAAAAAACACUCAACUUGAAGCUGAGUCACUUGCGAAUUUAAGCAUCUGGUGUCCUUCAACGCUUCUGGAUUCACUCUACCUGGUUCAAUCCCUAACAGAUUCGGUCUUCAACUUCGAACGCUUCAAGUUCUUGACCUUAGAUUCUGUUAAAUAUCUGGUGCAAUUCCUUCGACUCUCGGGAACUUAUCUAAUCUUCAUGAAUUAUAUCUAUCAGGUAACUCUCACAGGCACCAUUCCAUCAACUUUAGGUCAGUUAUUGAAUCAUUCCGUUCUUGAUCUGUCCAGAAACUCACUCACUGGAUUAAUCCCUUCAUCAUUUGGAUCAUUAUCCAAUCUCUCUUCACUUGACAUGUCUCUAAACUACUUAUCAGGAAUCAUCCCAGAAGCUUUCAGCAUCCUCCCAAAUCUCUCCACCGUCACCACUCCACCAAGGUUGUUCGUCGUCGCCAAUUUUUUGGUCUUUUCUCUGAAAUUCAUCUCAAAAAUUGUCAAUUUCACUUGGAAAAACGCAAAAUCGGUGACCUUUUUCAAUUAUGUGGGUAUAGUCGCCAUUUCUUAA